CCGUGUCGUUGUCGUCGGUCCGGGUGCCUGUCGUCAUCGCAUGCCGACGUCUCGUCCGUUUGCCGGCGUGUGUGCACUGUUGCUUAGUUGCAUGUUUUGCGGUUUUUCCUCUUCUGGACGGUGCGUCCUUGCUAGUUAUGCCACGGAAUGUGCUACGUACGACGACGGGAAGGAUUGUUGUACGUUGCUUAGCUCAUUAGAAGACAGAAAGACUAUUGACAAAGGUGGUGCAACACAGUACAGUAAGGCAGUGCUUCUUCUAACAACGGAUGAUAUCUGUGAUUGGGAUGACCUUGUGAUUGUGAUCAGUUUUUUCAACUCGAACAAAUGUUUUUGUCCGUGUUAUUGAUUCACGGCGGAUGAGUCAGGAUAAAACAAUGCGUGGUAAAUUAACGAUGAUCUAAACGGGUGGAGCCUGUUUCGAUGUGAUAGAUAACGGUAAUGAACAGCAGCAGAUUAUUAUUUUUGUGUGGUUGAGCUGAUUGUAACGAAAAUUACCUUUGAAUCUAUCGUUUCUGCCCGUCCUUGUCUACGUUGAAUCUUCAAGGUGUGCUGGACGAAUUUGCGAGUACGGACAGUGUAAUAAUUGAAUGUAAAUCGUCUCUCGCAGAAUGGCUAAUAAUGCACAAAUUAUAAACUGCUUGAACAGCUUGAGAAAAUUGAAGCAUUGAAGAGUGAGACUCAUAUGUGAAGCAGUUGCAGGAAGUGUUUUGUUGUGUGGGGGAAGAAAAAAAAGAAAUAAUUACAUCUCGAAUAAUUUCGGAUGAAAUCGAUCUAUUGGCAGUGUGUGAGUGUGCAUCGAUAAUUAUUAACCGUAAGAUCGAAUAGUUCACCCACUGAGCAAAAAGGCUCCAAUACCUGACGCGAACGAACGGUAGCAGGCAGUGCUGAGCGCAGUAGAAAUCGAAGAAGAAAUGUCUGAAGCGUGUGAGCUUUCUGAAUAUUAAAGUCAUCGCUGUGGUAGCUGCUCUGGCGUUGUUGGAGCCGACUAUGAAUACGAAAAUAUAUUUUUCAGCGAGGCAAAUAUUAAAGUGAAAUCGAAUGUUGAUUUAUGUGGCUGGAUUGUCUAUGUUCGUAGCCAAAGUGAGAGUAAACAUUAAUAAUCUGGACGACGACGACGACGACCACCACAAACAAGAUGGUUUAAAGCGGAUCGGAUAAUACACUUAGAAGGAUUACAAAGGAAAAAACCAAGGAAUCAACGAGUAGCUAGCGGUACGGUGUCGGCAAUAGCCAAUGCACUUUCCGGCCCUUUUGGAUCAAAAGCACUAAAGGUGGAUUUGAAACAAGCGAGCAUGAAUUUUGUUCAACCGGCCACGGUUCGCAGCGACGGUCAGCAGCAAGAUUGUGUGUCUUCACGAAUUCCAGUUGAAAACUGCUGGCAAUAGAAGGAGCACCAGCCCCGAGGUUUGCCAAACACUGACCAGCCCUCCGAUGAUGAGGUGGUUCAAACGAUCCACCGAAUCGCCGAAAUUGCUCAGCCUUUCGCCGUUGCGACAUUCCGAGCUGGGGAAUGCCUACGAAGGCCAAGAGCACUACCAGCAGCACGAGAAAUCCACCCACGAGAAUGCUGACGAGCCGACAACGGUUGAACCGGUCUUGCCCGGACCACUGGUGGAUCUUUUUGUCGCUUCCUCCGGUUGCUCGUCAAGCUCAUCCGGGUCCGGUUCGUACACCACCAGCUGUAGUUCCCCGUCAACGACUUCGUCACCUUCUACCUCGGCGACCUUUUCCUACACCAGUGACAGCAGUAGCGUAAGCACCCUAGCGUGCAAGAAUCAUUCCAAGAUGAUGAACGGCAACGGCGGCGGCAUCAGCACCGGUGCCGGUGGCGGAAUUAUGACGCGAAAGUCGCGCAUAGAUUUAUCACCCGUUAACUGGACCAAGAAGUCGUCCAUCAAUUGCUACAACAUCGAGGAGGGACGUGUCGUGGAUAGGCCGAAGGGUCGCUAUAUAUCACCGAUUCGGAUCAAGAACAAGCAACAAGCGUUAGCGAAUCAAAGUGGAUGCGGGGCGAAUACGCCCGUCUCUAGGCGGAUUUUACAGCGCGAGAAAGGUUCCCUGGAGGGUGGAUCCCCGGGAGGCGAAGGUGGUCUGAUUCGUAAUUUGAGUAAAUCAAUUGGCAACAUCAGCACCUCGUUAGCAGAUAAAAGUCCAUCGUUGAGUCAGCGAUCGAUAGUUUAUCGGGAAAAGGAAAAGAAAAAUCCUCUUGGCAGUACACGAUUGUCUUGCUAUCAAACGAUAAAUUUUGAAACGAGCGAAAGUGUCAGUAAGGGUCCGCUGUACAAGUCCGUAGACGACCUAAUCUUUAUCAAAGGGGCCAGAGAGGAUCGUGAAAGUGACUUUUCCGGUACCGGAGAUUGUGCGCAAAACAAAGAACGAACAGAACCCGAUAGCACCAACCACAGCACUUCGGCAGCAGCAGCGGCGGCCAGUCAGUUAAACCAAAGUCUUAUCUCUAGUAACGUUAGUUGUAAUAGUAGCAGCAGUCGAAUCACAACACCAUCCACCACUGAGCAGCAGUUAUCAGCCGCAGUCGCAACCGAUGAACCAAAGAGCGACCGUUCCGUCAUGGCCGCCAAAGACGUUGCAGGAGAUCACGACGAAACGUACGGAUUUGCGCAGAUGCGAGAAACCACCAUCGAGAGCAUGUACCGACAGAAGUUGAACGCGCUGAAAAAUGAAGAAAUCGCCGCUGCCGAGGCGGCCAACAACGGGUUUAAAACGCCGCAGAAAAAGAAGGACAACUUUACCAACAAAAUAAGAGCGAUGUCCGACCGCACGCAAAGGCUGUUCUCUAAAAUCUACUUUAAUUCGUCGUAUAAAACCAGCAGCAUCGAUGAAAGCAUUUCAUCACAGUCGAAUUGUAAAUCCUUGAAAAAAUCACCCUCAAAGUCGGCGAACAAUCGACGCAGCAUAAGUUACGGUGCCCUUCCGGGUCUGACAGAUUUUCAGAAGAAUUUGGAAAAGGUACAACACAAUCAGCAUAGUUUGCAACUGUCGGAUCAACAUCAGGAGGAUGAAUUGAACGGAACGGUUAUUCAUCUUGCCGUUUCGAACAAUCGGACCGACACCGAGGACUGUGAUUCGGGAAUUCUGGUCAAUGAAUCUGGGGCCUCGUCUAUUAUGGAAACGGAAGAAGUGUUUUUACCGAACAUACCCUCGAAAGUGUUGAACAAUUGUACAGAAAACACCGAAUUUAAGCUGGUAACCAUUAAACUGGACGAAAGCAAUGAUGAGGCAAACAAUUUGGGAAUCAUUGUGAGUCACAUGGGUAACGGCGAAGGGGAGAUCAGUAAUCGAUACAAGGUGGCUCACGUCCUGCCCGGCGGAUUGGUGUACACAGACGGUACCAUCCAACCGAACGACGAAAUAGUCAACAUUCUCGGCAAAAGAUUGCGCGGGCUUUCGAUGCGGCAGGUGCAGGAUCUGCUGAACGGUUGCACCCGGCGGGGCACCGGCCGAACGAGUAUCGAUCUUGUCAUUUGUAGGAGUAAGGUAAAUGAUAGUGAUCUAUUUGGCGAAGAACUGGAACAGCAACAGCAACCACCGGCGAACCGACGGUUGUUCCGGAACAAUCGAAUGAUUUCGCUGGAUUCCUACCUAACCGAGGAAAAACAGCAGCAGCAUUUUGCUGUUGCUGCUGCUGCUGCUGCUACUGGCGAGGAACCACAGCACAGCGACACGAGCUCCGAUCAAGACAACUACGCUUCGGUUGCUAUCAAAAUCGAUGGCAGCAAGUACAACACGCUGGGAACACCGCGUCGCCAGAAGAUCCUCACGGUGUCUGCUUCCAAACGGCAAGAAUCUCCCUCGCCGACCGACAUGCCCAGCAUCGAGGUGGACUCGCAGCCACCCUCGCUGGACUGCGUAAAGCGGCGCUCGUUUACCAAAAACAACACUGCCAACAACGGUGUGGCCAACAGCUCGAAGCUGAUACGACGCUCGUUGGUCGGUAAACAAACGACGCCGUACAGUGUGGACCACGUAACCAAAAGCACCAUGAAUCUGUGCGACGACGAGAAGCUGGAACUCAGCAGUGGCGCUUCGGAUGAUGCCGAAACGAGCAGUGGCACAGGGUCGUUGGAGAUGGAUAAAAGUAUGACCAACUUUUGCACGCUUCCAAGGCGGCCGAAAAGUUCGCUUUGCUCGUUUCACACAGUCACAUUCGAGAAGGGACCGGGCAAGAAGUCGCUGGGAUUCACAAUCGUCGGCGGUCGAGAUAGUCCCCGGGGAGCGCUCGGUAUCUUUAUCAAGAGCAUCCUGGCGACCGGCCAAGCCGCCGAGGAUGGUCGGCUGAAGGCUGGCGAUGAAGUUCUGGCCGUCAAUGGGCAGGUUUGCCACGAUCUGACGCACCUGGAGGCGGUCAAACUGUUCAAAAGCAUCAAAUCGGGAGAAAUAGUUCUGCAGCUCUGCAGGAGAAGCAAGGCUAGCAAGGGAGACCGGGAAGGCGGUAGCGCCAUGUGCUAGAUUCGGCUUUGUAUAUUUCCAUUAAUCCUUGUUUUAAAAGGCUGUGUAGGAAUCUUUAGUGGGGUUAAAUAUUUCUGUGCAAUUUAUUUCAAAAACAAAAAGAUGAAGAAAAAACUUAUAACAAAACUUUUAGAGGAAACUACUUAUCCAUGAGACUUAUUAGCGUAGAUUAAAAUUGUAUGAAUCAAAAUGUGUGUAAAGUUAUGCCUUUAUAUCAAGUCUAUUGUUCACCCUGAAACAAGCAUUUUUGAAGUCUAUAUGUUAAAUGGAAGAAAACAGCAGACAAGUAACAUAUACAACUAGGGUUGGGACGAUAUCGAUAAAUCCGAUAAUAUCGAUAAUAUCGCGCAUAUUUUAUCGAUACGAUAUCCGAUACGCAGCGUCAGAAAUAUAUCGGAUAUCGAUAAUAAAUUUUGCAUGCUGCGAAUGAGAGUUAUACUUUGUAGGCGAAGGAAAAUGAACUCUCAUUCCUUUUGCUUAAAUUUGCGUCUUAGGGAAGUAACCGAGAAAUAAUGGUUGAUUUGGCUUUCCAUUUAAGCGAUUUAAGCCAUUGUUAAAAAGUUUUACUCGUUAACUAAAAAAGCAAAUGUCGGAGAUUUGGUGUCCUUUGUUAGAACAAGUACUACGAUGUAAAAUUGGUGCAUGUUCUUUUGAAAGGUAACACAGUAAAUUUAAGUUUAUUUGGAAAAGUAUCCAGUCAGAUAAAAAACAACUCAAAGACCCAAAAAUAAAAAAAAUAUCGCAUUAUGCAAAAGCUUUGGAGCGUUUUUCAAAGUAUCGGAACUAUAAGCAUGUAUGUAAUCAAAUGUGCAGAUUAAAUUUAGUUUAAUUUGAAUGUAAGAGCAGAUGAUUCCAUAUUUGGUUAAAAAUGGGCAAAUUUCUACUUACAGUUAAAAAACUUGGUGAAAAUUGUUUUUCAUUAAAAUAUCGGUUAUCGGUACGAUAUCGAUAAUUUAAAAUCCGAUAUCGAGCGAUACCGAUAUUAGAUACAAAAUGAUAUCGCGAUAACGAUAAACUACUGUU